AAGGAUCUUCAUCUUCAUCUUCUCUAUCCAUCUUCUUUUAUUAGGUCAAUUUCAAAUUCAAUUUCAAACGCAUUUUUCAAAUCCAUGGCUCUGAGAAUUAUAUUGUAAAAAAAUAGUGCUCCGUAUGUAGUAGUAGUUUCCAGGUUUGUUCCCACAGACUGGAGCGGGACCCAGCGCCCCCCACCCCCACCGCGUGCGUUAAUCCUUAUCUGUCGCCUUCUCUCUCUCCAUCGUAUAAUUCAAUGCAGUGUGCAUAGUUUGGGCGGAUAAAGCUGUGAUUUUUGGUUGAUUAUUGUGGGACUAGUAGUUGAAGUAGUAAAUUACACAGAGAAAAAGAUCCCAAUUCUAUUCAAGUUUUGGGGUUGGGAUCUCAAACCUACACUGCCCAUUUUCGUCGGAUCUCGCCGCUACUUGGCUCCUUUUCUUUCGCCCAAAGUGUAAUCAGAAGUGGAAACUUCAGUUGGGGAGUAGAUUUUUGAAGCUUAUACUGGAAAAUUUUGUGCUAGCUUGUGCUUGUGUUUAGUUUGAAGUUUAUAAGUUGUGAUGGAUAGUAGGGAGAGGGAAUGUGUGGUUGAUAUUGAGGCUGGUAUGAACAUGAGUGAAGGAGUAGAAUGCCCUGAGUUGUGUGCUGGGAAGUUGGAUGAUUCGUAUAAAGGUGAAAAUGGGGUGAUCCUGAGUUGCAAUGCCACAAAUAGUGGUGAGAUUUUGGCCCUGAAGAUUGAGAGGGCAAAGUCAGAGGAUUUAGGGGAGAAGAAAAUAGAGAAAGAGAAACGCAAAUCAACGAGUGCUAAGAAGCCCCCUAAACCUCCCAGGCCUCCGAGAGGAUAUUCAUUGGAUGCUGCUGACCAGAAGCUGAUCAAGGAAUUACAUGAACUUGCAAUGAUGAAACGUGCGAGGAUUGAGCGAAUGAAGGCUUUGAAGAAGAUGAAAGCUGCAAAGGUGUCAUCAGUGCCGAUGGCAUCGAAUGGCAGCUUCUUUGCCAUGUUCUUUACUGUUCUAUUCUUUCUUGUGCUAAUCUUCCAAGGGAUGUCAUCUGGAAAUAGUUCCCCGAGCUUUCAUGGUUCCCCGGAAUCAGGUGUGGCCAAAGAGAGUAGCCUUGUCUUUCCACAAGACCGCCCAAACCUAUCUUCUAGUCCAUCAUCUACAACCAGUUCUGGAUCUCCUAUUAUGGUGGGGCCGAGUUCUGGUAAGGACCCCGAGUACCAGGCUAAGAUGGCUAUAGGUUGAAGCCGAGGGUGGCUCAGGAAGAGAAGUUCCAAUUCAAGCAAGCAUAGAACAACAGAGUCAAAUGGACAGAAAAUGCGGGUCUCUGCCCUCCUCGAUCAACUUCAAAGUAUAUCGCGAUGCCAUUGUACAGCAAAUAAGAAUCGACGCUAAGGCUUGUGACUUGUGAGUGUUUCUUUAACACAGCGGCUAGUUUAAUACUUCGGAUUUGUUUUGUGCCAAUACGCAUCCUGAGGUUUUUAUCCAUCUUUCGUCUUACCACACUCUACAAUUCAAUAAUUCUUACUGUACUAUCGAAGCAUAUAAACCAUAUUAUAGCUGAAGAGCAAAGUGUCUGGAUAAAUGACAGUUCUUUAUUAUUUUUUUCUUUA